UAUGUGUGAAGUCAAAUGUACACAGGCUUUAGGACCGCGGGAUGAGCUGGAUGAGAGGCAAAGUGUGCGCACCUCCACCAUUUAGAAGUUCGGGGCUAACUGGUCUUGAGCCCGCCUUGCCUGUCACUCGUGUCCCCGGUUUUGUGCUCCAUGGAUACAGCUUUACUACUCCGAAGAUUCAAAAAUAUCCGCGAUUUUGUUCUUCUUUCCUUUAUUGGAUAAUCCCCGUAGACUGUCAUCACUUUGGAGAAAUGCAGUCGACUUCAAAGUUGAGGCAAAGCUCAAAAAUGAGGAAGUCAAGACAACAUUGGGCUAACUUUUGAGCGCUACUCCCCUCUUCUCUACUGCACUCUCCGGAAUGAGGCUGUGGGGCAGAGCUACAGCUGCCCAGAGGAGGAUGCUCUCUAUCUGGCUGCUGCUCCUCGGGUUCGUUCUGGUCACACUGGCACUCUCUGGGCUCUUUAACCGAGACAGAAAUCACACUCAUCAGAAACCUGGCCCUCCCUGCCGCCCGCUCCAGGGAUUCGACAAUCCACCGGACCUAGAGGUCAUCGUGGACUCCCGGGACCCUGCCUUAGAGCUCGGCAUCGACCUUGCCCCGCUAAAAUCUCUGCAAGAAGACCAGCUUUUAUUCGUGCAAUCCACGAAGGGCACCAAGAACCCGCCGCAGAGGAAAGGGAGCUAUAAGUUACUCCUGCCUGGAGCCAGUAAGGACACCACCGCUCCUGCGCCUUCGACGUACGGUGAAAUGGGUAAAGCAGUUCGGCUAAACCUGGAAGGGUCGGAGAGGGAUAUGGAGCUGGCUGCAGUGCAGAAGUACGGGUUUAACAACGUGGUUAGCGAUAGGAUAUCACUGCAUCGUGUACUGCCGGAGGCGCGCCAUCCUGGGUGUUUAGGGGAGCAGUACAGCAAGUCGCUGCCGUCAGCCAGUGUUGUUAUCUGUUUCCAUGACGAAGCUUGGUCCACGCUCCUGCGCACCACGCAUAGCAUUCUCGACACUGCACCUAGACAGUACCUGCAGGAGGUUCUGCUGGUGGACGACCUGAGCCAGCACGGUCACCUAAAAAGUGUUUUGAGUGAAUAUGUGGCUCAUCUAGAUGGGGUGCGUUUAAUCCGCAGCACCAAGCGCCUUGGUGUUGGAGGGUGUCGUACUCUGGGUGCUGCCAGGGCUGCAGGGGAGGUGCUGGUGUUCAUGGACUCCCACUGUGAAUGCCAGAAAGGCUGGCUGGAACCACUUCUGGAGAGAGUGGCUCAGGACAGGACCAGAGUGGUGUCCCCCAUUAUAGAUGUGAUAGACUGGCAGACGUUUCAGUACAAUGCCACUCGGUGGCCAGUUAGGGGGGUGUUCGACUGGAGACUUGACUUCCAUUGGGAAUCAAACCCUCAGCUGCAAGAUGAGGACCCAGACUCAGAUGAUGAACCCAUGCGGAGUCCAGCAUUAGGAGGUGAAGUUGUGGCCAUUGACAGACAUUUCUUCCAAAGUCUGGGAGCCUACGACCCUGGGAUGCUGCUGUGGGGGGUGGAGCAAAUUGAACUGUCCAUGAGGGUAUGGUGUUGCGGUGGCUCUAUGGAGGUUGUUCCAUGCUCUCGUGUGGCCCACCUACACCACCACCACCUGCCGUACCACAUCCCAGACCAGGAACUGCUUCAAAAGAACAGGAUCCGCAUUGCUGACACCUGGAUGGAUGCAUACAGGAAGAUCUUCUAUAGGAGAGACACGCUUGCUCAUUUCAUCAGGCAGUCUGAGAGCCCUAACAUUGCAGAGCGUCUGGGACUGAAGAGGAGUCUGGGCUGUAGGAACUUUCACUGGUACCUGACAACAGUUUAUCCAGAACUCUAUAUCCCCCAGGAUAGACUUGGACUGUCAGGCGAGCUGUACAACAUUGGCACUGAUAGCUGUGCAGACUACCUGGAAAGGCAGGCACUGCAAGGUGGGCCCAUGAAUAUUGCACCGUGCAGUGGGACGGGCAGCCAGCACUGUGACCUAAACUUUGAGGGCGAAGUGCGAUGGGGUCCAAUGGGGGCUUUGUGUUUGGAUGCCGAGAAAGAGAGAGUAAUUCUCUCUCCGUGCCCCACCCAACAACCAACCACCAGCAGACUCGAGUGGAAGUUCUUAAAGCUGAGCGGUCAGCUUAUUCACCAACAGUCUCAGUUAUGUCUGGAGGCUGUAAAAGAAGGAAGCCGCUUGCAAAGCAGCCCAGGAGACGUUUACACCCACACCAGCACAGGAGGUCUCUUCCUACGCCCCUGCACCCAUGACCCCAGACAACAAUGGCGCUUUGAGCAACUGGUAGCGCCUAAAGGUGCCUGAUACAGAAAGUACAGUGGGGCUGGUGAAUUUGCAAGACAUGAAUCCUAGUCACAUAUUGCCGUAUAUGUUCUAUGCACAGUGGCACAUAAUAUGCAUAUUGUGGAAUGGUGGUGAAAAAUGUACUUUUUGUUCCAUUUUGCUAUUCAGCUUUUUUGUUCCUGUUUUAAGGAUUACAAAUAGUUUUUACUGGGUUAACUAAUAACAAACAGAUGAUCUAUUAGUGAUAUCCUUUGUCGUAUUUAAUCUUAUACAGUUUGGAAAUCCUGGAGAGAAAAUUAUCCUAAGUAAUCUUUUACUACAGUAAAUAUCUGCAUUAAUUCAUAUGUAAAUGUUUUUCUCUGCAUUUCUAAAAUACUUAAUAACUUAGUAGACAGGAUCACAUUAAAGAUUACACAUCUAUUAUUUGAGCACUGGAUCCUAAUAUAUCUCCAAAUAAGUAGCCAUCAUGACCACUGUCCUACAAAUCUAAGCUCAGGCUGGAGGAAAUGUAAGUAAUGGACAGUACCAAAAAUUCUGUGUUAUUGCUGAAGUUGUCAGUAGUUCCUCUAAGUUAGAUUUUAGUUUAUUAAACAGAUUUUUUUUUCUUGGAAAUAAAACCAAUCCUGCCACAAGCAUACCAUUCUCACUUAAAAUAAAAUUAGAAUUAAAAACAGGGUAAUUAAAAAGCUAUUGCAAACUCAGAGUAAGAAGAGAUAUGACAAAAUAGGACAUAUUUUCUGAAUGGGUCUUCAUUAUUGAUAGCAAUCAGGUAAAACCUAUUUACAUCUGCACUGAAAAAGAAAUACCUAUGUCCUACAGGCUAGCAGCUAAUGUAUAUGAAAAUGAAAACCAGAGGACAGUUAUUACAGAAGAACCACGGUUAGUUAAUACUGCACAUGUGCACUUAGUUAUACACUUAGAUAACCUGCUUAGUUCCAAUUAAGGAUUUAAAUCUUAAUGCAAAAGCAUACAGGGACAUUUUUGAUGAGCAUGUUUCCAUUUUGUUUAACCAGUGUAGGGACAGCUUUUCUUUUAUUAACAUGGCAGUGCCCCUUUGCACAUAGUGAUGGCCAUGAUCUGCUCAGAACUGUCCAUCCUAACUUUCAUGAGGCUGAAGGGGAGCAAAUCAAAAGCCUUGUGGACUGUCUUCCUAAAAGACUGAAUUGGCUGUAGCAGUAUUUAACAGGUGUCCACUUCUGGGCAAGUAGUGUACCUCUCCAGGAUAUACUGCAUGAUAUGUAUACACAGGUUUAUCCACUUAUUCUACUGAUUAGAUGGCUGUACAGGAAGCAUUUCACUCACAUACUGACUUGCCAGAGUAGAAAAAGCACAAGUUAAUGAUAGAUUUGUUAUAUUUAAAUGUCCAGUAAGUCAUGACAGUAUGAGGCUGAGCUAGCAUGCACAAUGCCAGCCCUGAAUCAACUAAAUGGAAUUCAUAAUUCAUUUUAUAAUUGGCAGCUGUGGCCUUUCUACAGUGGCAUGUCAAAACUAACAAGACAGUGAGAGAGAUGUCAAUCAAGCAGUCACCCAUUCAGUCCAAUCAGGCAAAAUAAGUAAAGACAUUGUGUGGGUGACCCAUUGAAGUGUAGGGGUCUUUCUGGAUUAAUUCAGCACUGAUGUUGUAUCUUAAAUGUUUUAUUCUUUCUGUUUGUUUGGUAUUGUUGCACUCUUUUACCCCAUAUGUUCCUGACAGAAAUAUUUUCAUACCGUAUCAGCUGUCAACAGCAGAGGGAGCCAUUUACCUUUAUAAUCUAAAACCCCAACUGAUCAUUUCCUUAGUGUUACAUGAAUAACCUUCCCUUAUGAUUUACUUAUGUGAAUGUCCACACAAAUGUUCUCAUAUUGACUUUCUGUGGUUAGAGCUAACAUACUUGGGGUGGAGUGGAGGCUGCCUAUGAAAGGACAAUUUGUGAUUAAGGUCCACAUAACAGUGUCAUGUGUUUUUUUUGCCCAUGUAUUUAACAUAUAGUCAGAUAAAACUAAUUGAAAGUGCUAUCGAGUGGCACCUGAUGGGCAGGGAAGACCCUAUCUCCUAGCUCAAGGAGGUGAGUGUUAAUUUACCCCAUGCACUCUGUUGCACAGUAAUGCUCUUAAUCCUCAACCCGGGAUGCACGUAGCCCAGUAAAGUACACAGCACCCUUUCAAUAAAGAGAUCACAUGUCUACAGCUUCAAGGCAGAGGUCAAAGACUUGGACAAACAAGAUGAUGUUGACUAGUAGGUCUUCUCUCAGUUACAUAAGGCUACUGAGCUAUUGUGAAAGGGCAACAUCUCUCUGCUGUGGUUUUUCAGAGGUCAAGAGGUCAAAGACUCAUUGCAUGGCUGAUUUCACUGUGAAAAACAAUCCAUAUCUGCCCCUAAGGUUAAAUAUUGCAGAAUAUGCUCUAAGGAAUAAAGUGCAAGAAAGAAAACAAUGCAGUCUGUAAAACCUUUGACCCUGGCCCUUUUCAACAGCUCAGAAGACAAACUGGAAAUAGUUUCUCCAAUCUUAUACUUCAUGGCUUUUUACAAAUUUAUGAGAACUGCUUGUGAAUUUGGUUUCCCACACCCCCGGCCGAAACUGUUAUUGUAGAUUUAGAACAAUUUCCCCCUCUCUGGGGUUUAAUUUUAAACAACAGCACUACUCUAUGCAGGAUAACAUACUGUAGAUUUCUUUGUUGGGGAAUGACGUUUUUUGAAAUAUCAAAGAACUAUACAUUUGUUCAUGCUCAUAUUAACAUUUAUAACAUAAAAUACAUCCUUAUUUGAUGUAAGAAAAAUGUUGUAUGGCCAUUUAAUAUUUAGUUAUCUUCAUCAAACUUGAAAGUUGUUGCAAAGGAAAAGGUCACUACUUCCGUACAUUAUUACAUUAUGGAUUUAAAGUCAAAAUAAAAGACAAAAAUACAUCUAAAGGAAAAAAUGACCAGCUUUGCAAUUCGUAUUUUUAUGACUUUUACACAUAUACAGUGAGAUUUGUGGGGCACACAAUGAAGAGGUAAAGGCAAUGUCAGCAAAACACUAAAAUUAAAGUGUUAGCCCGUAUUUCCCUCUUGAGCAUCAUAUACACCCUCCCCCUAUGUCUCGUCUAAAGUUUCUAAAGCUACUAUACAUUACAUUUCUAUGAAAGUGGAGUAUCACUAUCCAAAUGGCUGAUAAAGCUAAAUGAACUGUA